AUGCGGAAGGGGUGCUUGAGUCUGGCUACCGUCUCCCACACGGAGACUUUCCGGAGGAAGAUUAGUCCCAAACGCGAUGGUCUGGGGACAGGUGAUGGUCUGCACUCAUGGGUUUUACAGGAGCCGGUCUCCAACAAUCCCCGUGAAUGUGACUCCCAGAGAACAAGUAAAGACACUUUAGUUCGUGAGGGGAAGACCUACAAAUGCAAGGAAUGUGGGAAAGUGUUGAACAAGAACAGCCUCCUAUUUCGAAAUCAUCAGAUUCACGCUGGGGUGAAGCCUUAUGAAUGCCAGGAGUGUGGAAAAACCUUUCGUGAAAUCGACUUCGUUCGACACACGAGGAUUCACACAGGGGAGAAGCCCUGUAAGUGCGUGGAGUGCGUGGAGUGCGGGAAGGUCUUCAACCGCAGGUCGCACCUCCUGUGCCACCGCCGGAGUCACACUGGAGAGAAGCCCUAUGAGUGCAGCGAGUGUGGAAAGACCUUCAGCUAUCACUCUGUCUUCAUCCAGCAUCGUAUGACCCACACUGGAGAAAAACUCUUCGGGUGCAAAGAAUGUGGGAAAACCUUUUACUGCAACUCUUCCUUAACCCGACACAUGAAGAUUCACACCGGAGAGGAGCCUGCAAAGUGCAGUGAGUGCGGGAAGACCUUCACCUGCCACUCUGUUUUCUUCCGACAUAGUAUGGCCCACCCUGCAGGAAAGCCCUAUGAGUGUAAAGAAUGUGGGAAAGGUUUUUACUAUGGCUAUUCCCUCACUCGACACACAAGGAGCCACACUGGAGAGAAACUUUACGAGUGCCUUGAACCUACAAAGGCCUUUGGCUACCACUCUGCUUUUGCCCGACUUAGUAAGAUCCACUCUGGAGGAAAAAGCCUUUGA